AUGGCUUUGGAUUUUGGCUUUGGAUUUGUUGCCGGAGUGACCGGCACUAUUGCUGGUUAUCCAUUUGAUACAGUUAAAGUUCGUCUUCAAACUCAAACACUUAAUCAUCGAUUAUAUUCUGGUUCAUUAGAUUGUUUCAUUAAAAUUGCUAAACAAGAAUCAAUAUUAGGAUUUUAUAAAGGCAUGUCAUCACCUAUGAUCGGUGUUGCACUUAUAAAUGGUAUUGUAUUUUCUGUUCAAAAUGCGUCGAAAGGUUUAUUUGAUAAUCCUGAUACAUAUACAGCAUUAGCAAUAACGGGUGCUAUGGCAGGUUGUGUACAAGCAUUUAUUUGUUCUCCAAUUGAACUUGUUAAAACACGUUUACAAAUACAAGGCAUUGGACAACAAAGAAAAUUAUUUGCAUUAUCAACUCAUUUAUAUAAUGGUCCAGUAGAUUGUUUAAGGAAAUCCUAUGAUAGACGAGGUUUUCAACAAGGUGUUAUGCGAGGUUUAUCAAUGACAUUAGCACGUGAUAUUCCAUCAUUUGCAGCUUAUUUUCCAGCAUGGCAAUUUUUUGUUGUACAUUGUUCUCCAACAGGUAAAGAAUCAGAUAUGCCAAUGUAUAUGAGUUUAAUUGGAGGUGGUUUUACUGGGAUUGCUGCAUGGACUGUAUCCUAUCCAUUUGAUGUUAUUAAAAGUCGAUAUCAAGCAUCAAGAGAACAUGUUUAUAAGGGUGUAUGGGAUUGUGCUGUAAAAUCAUUUCGUACGGAAGGAUGGCAAGUAUUUACUCGAGGAUUUUUACCGUGUACACUUCGUGCUAUUCCAACGAAUGCAUUUACAUAUCCAGUUUAUGCACUUUUAAAACGAACAUUUGAUGCACCACGAGAUGAUGACUCAAUAAUUACAACACCAGUACCAACAACAACUAAACCUGUUAUUAAAUCAAAAUCAUCAGUACCAACAAAAGUAAAACCACCACCACCACCGUCGACUUCAUCGAUUUCUCCGAUUCAAUCUAUGUAA